AUGAAUCUCUCCACUGAGUUCACACUGGCCGCUCUGGCCGUCGCUUCCGUCGCCAACGCUAACACCCUCGACCACGACAAGGUACAGCCGUUCCCUCACCCUGACCCGUCACGAUCGCUGAGAAGGCCGCAAUCAAGUUCAAGCCCCAGCUCAGCUCGAACGAUGGAUGUCAGCCGUAUCCUGCUGUGUACGACCGCUCUGGGUGGUACCGAGACCUGUGGGCCAUCAUGUACACUUGGUAUUUCCCCAAGGAUCGUCACCGCCAUGACUGGGCGAGUGUCGUCGUGUGGAUCGACAACCCUGCCGCCGAGACACCCAAGGUGCUGGGGGUGUCAACGGGAUGGCUCGAACACCCCCCUUACCCAAGUUCAUGGAUGGCACGAGUUCCAUGCUGUAGCCAGCUGCACUCGCUGA